GGGGCUUAUUAACUCGCAGACGUCUGAAAUAUAAUGCCCAACUUGCUAAAUGUUUAAAUAAAAUAGGAGCGGGAAUUAUUUUCGCGUGUCGCCCACUCAUCGUACCUGAACACACUGAAGGAUUUUUAUCGCAGGCGCACGAAAAUAACCGGAUUUGUUUUACAUGGUUGUGGCUGAACGGACAGACUCUGCCAAAUAAAUCAUCGCUUUUAUCCUUUAAACUGGCAAACGAAAGCGAUUCAUGUGUUCUCCUUAUAAAACUGGGUGCCCGUGUUUUAUGUACUGUUGGCGAUGUAGUGCGCUUGCUCACUUUUAUCCCUACCAUUCCCAACAAAUCUUUCCUUGAACCGGACACAGUGAAGAUGAUCCUUUUCCGAAAAUUCCGCGUCUUGAUUUUAAUGGUGUUUCUUAUAGCCUGCUCAGUGCACAUUAUGAUAGACUUACUACCAAAGCUGGAGAGACGGGGCAGUGGCGCCUGCUCGUGCUCUCACGCGCCCAGCGCAGAGCCGCAGAACUGGGCGAAGCAUCGAGCCAAGCCGGGAUCAGAGUCCGGCUGGCCUAAUAAACACACGCUCAGAAUACUUCAAGACUUCAGCAACGAGCCAAACUCAAAUCUGUCUUCUCACUCACUGGAAAAGAUCACCAUCGGGGGGAAAUCUGAGGCUUUGAGAAGAAUCGAGCAGUGGAAGACAGGUGACGAGAAGCGGCGCGCGACACGGGACGGUGCCUUCAGUAACGCAGCCGUCGGAGGUUCAAAGCUUUCGGCUCUGUUUCAGCAUCCUUUAUACACGAGGCCGUUGCCUGCAUUGACUGAUGAAGACACGCUGUUUAAUGUCAACACUGAUAUAAGAUUUGAUCCAAAAGCUGCUGAAAAUCCUGAGUGGCAGGGAGAACGGAAGGAUGGAGAUUAUGCUCCUACGGGUGAGAUUUCCUCGGACUCCUACCCAAACUGGCUCCGCUUCCACAUUGGGAUCAACCGGUAUGAGCUGUACUCCAGGCAUAACCCAGUCAUUGAUGCGAUGCUGAAGGACCUGGUCUUGCAACGGAUUACCAGUGUCGCAAUGAAAUCCGGAGGCACGCAGCUGAAGCUCAUCAUGACAUUCCAGAACUAUGGCCAGGCUCUAUUUAAACCCAUGAAGCAGACACGGGAGCAGGAGACGCCCCCCGACUUCUUCUACUUCUCUGAUUUCGAGAGGCACAAUGCAGAGAUCGCAGCAUAUCAUCUAGACAGGAUCUUGGAUUUUCGAAGAGUACCACCAGUGGCCGGGCGACUAGUUAAUAUGACCAAAGAGAUCCGAGAUGUGACCCGUGACAAAAAGCUGUGGAGAACCUUUUUCAUUUCACCAGCCAAUAACAUCUGCUUCUACGGUGAGUGUUCGUAUUACUGCUCGACUGAACAUGCUCUGUGUGGCAAGCCUGACCAGAUCGAAGGUUCUUUAGCCGCAUUUCUGCCUGACCUGGCCUUGGCCAAACGCAGGACCUGGAGAAACCCCUGGAGACGUUCCUAUCACAAACGCAAGAAAGCAGAAUGGGAGGUGGAUCCAGAUUACUGUGAAGAGGUGAAGCAAACUCCCCCCUAUGACAGUGGCUCCCGUCUGCUGGACAUCAUGGACAUGACUAUCUUUGAUUUCCUUAUGGGAAAUAUGGAUCGUCAUCAUUAUGAGACCUUUGAAAAAUUUGGAAAUGAAACGUUCAUUAUUCAUCUUGAUAAUGGAAGAGGCUUUGGUAAACAUUCUCAUGAUGAGCUUUCCAUACUGGUGCCAGUGAGUCAAUGCUGCAGGGUAAAGAAGUCCACCCAUUUACGGCUUCAGCUGUUGGUUAAGGAGGAAUACAGACUGAGCACUCUGAUGGAAGAAAGCCUCCAAACAGACACGCUCUCACCCAUCCUCGUAAGACCUCAUCUGGAGGCCAUGGACCGUAGAUUGCACCUGGUGCUCCAGGUUCUGGACGACUGCAUUGAGAAGGAGGGAUACACUAAUGUCGUAGAGGAUGACAUGGGUAAAGAGGGGUUAAACACAGGCACAGUCCCACAGAGGUAGUGGGCACAGACUGACUGGACGUCCUGAAGUCCCUCCACGGCCCUUAUGGACCGUGAACAUCUUGCAAGAGAUGCUUUUGUUGAUAAACUUUUUUGAAUUCAGUGAAUUCCAAAGACUCAUUCUUCAACCAGUUGACUAUGUGUUCGAAAAAGACACAGUGGAGAGAGAAUGGCCGAAAGACAUUCAUUUGAUCCAAAACGGUAGUUGAUUUUCACAGGUCAAGGCAGAAAAGCAGCGUUUCUCAACUGGUUGGUCGUGACAGAAACGGGUCACAAAAAUGUUCUGACAGGUUUGCAGACAAGAGGGGGAACCAUGUUGAAUGCAAAUGAAGUAUAUAAAAAUAUAUAAAAAUUUACUUUGACACAAAGUAAAUUAAAGCCACACGAGUGGCCAUUGAUUUGCACAGUUUGGCUUCUGCUGUUGUUUUUACAAAAUUGUACAUAUUCUUAUUUAGCCUAGGUCAUGUUGAUAAGUUUGCAUAUUGCUGGGCUUAUGCAGUUCUUGUGGCAUCUAAUGUUAAUAAAUUUCUCUAGUUCGCAAAAAAAUAAAACUCUUGUCAUCAUUUGCCCACUCUUUUGUCACUCAUGUGACAUUAUUUCUUGAUUUAAACACAAAAAUGAAAAGUAAUGAAUAUCUAACUGGGUGGAUAAAAUAUCAUAAUGAUUCACUUUAAUGCUAAAUGAAGCAUCCAAGCAUGUCGGCAAGAAAGUGUUUGUGUGACUCGCUGAUUCAUUUGAAGUACUGUGAUCGCGUUGAUGAAAGAUUUCUUUUAUAAUAAAAAUGUCACAGUUAUGUGUUCAAAUCAUAAUACCAACACUGUUUUGUUCAAGCAGGAUUUAGUGAUUAUUACCCGAUUUAGCAAGUUUGACCUGGUCCCCUGAGUGAUUCCAUUGGCUGAAAGAUUGUGGGUAUUCUUUAUUGUGCUUCAUGAGAUUGUUGCUUGAUUUCGUCCUUUAGCCAUUGAUUGGAUCGUUGGGAGCUCAGGGCCUGGCCAUUGGACAGUCAGUAAAGUCCCGCCCUCACAUGAGGCAUGUCACGAAAGUUAAUGUUUUUCAUUACCGAGUUAGAUGACAUCUGAAUUUAAAACAAAAGAAUCAUUUAUAAUAAACACUGUGUAUUCCAUAAAAAUGUAAAUUUAGAUUUCAUGUUUGCAUUAUGUGGCCUAAAUAGGCUAAUUUACCUCCUAUUAUUAAGUUUCAGGUUAUGGUAUAUUACCAAAACAUUUUUUUUACUUUCCCAACAAUUUACAAGUUAACUACUCGGCAUACCACUUAAAAGCCUGAUAGUUUAACCUUAGCCUACACAGAUUGCUUACUCGACAUACAGUAUUUGUAUCAUUCCUUAAUUCUGGGAUCUUAGAUGGAUUUUUUUGGCUGGGUGGAUUUAUGUUUUUCAUAAUGUCGGCAGUAGUUUUGAAUUUAGCAUAAACAAUGCUGGUCACCUGAUGUGUCAAUAAUAUAAAACAUAAAGUGUCAUGGUGGCCAGAUUGAUUUUUCUGUAAAGUUGCUGUUUCAUCAAAACAUGAAAUACAUGAAAAAGUGUAUUGCUGACACUCUUGGGUGCUUUGUUAAGCGUUAAUGUGGUACUGCUAUCAAACUGAACAUGAGGGUGACUAAAUGAUGACAGAAGUUUCAUUUCUGGGUGAACUAUCCCUUUAUUUAUUAUACAGUUUGGGUUCUGUGUUGGGUUGCUACUUGAUGUGUAUAUAAAAAGAAGGUCCUGAAGCAAAACCAGUUGAGAACCACUGUUAUAAAGAAGGAUUGAAAUAAAUGCAUAGUCAAAUUGCAUAUUUUCCAUGCCUUUACUAAACAUUGAUUCAGUAUUUGCUGUAACUUUAAAGCUAUGUUGAUGUUUUAACAUGAUAAUGAACAAAUACACAUUUAUAGGGGAAAGAUAGACUGCUACAGGUCAUGUUUUGCUCAGUAAGAAAAAGUUUCAGCUCAUGAUGAACUACAGGUUCACAAACUCUCGUCGCCGGUGUGAACACCAUAUAUGUUCAGUUCCAAAUAUCGUUACAAUUUAAUGUCUUUGCAUUAAAUUAGAUGUUUAUAUUAUCUACACAACAAGGAGGACAAAAAUCACUGCGUAUUUACAACACAGCUUUAAUCUUUAUUUGGGACAAAAAGUUCCAUGUAUGAGUUAUCUCCAAAAUUAUACAACUAUCUGUAAUAUUAUUGCUGAUUGGAGAGGUUAUUUAUCGAGUUUCCUAUUUAUUGGUCCAUCGCCACUUAUACAUUUAAAUUUUUAUUCAUGAAAUCAAAGAGCUAGAUUCAGUACAUUAAACAAAAUGCGGUAUUUGUGCUAGCAAAUAGAUAACAAUGUGCAGUAUUAAACAAACAUUGAUGGUUUAUUGGAUAUUAGAGAAACAUACUAACUUUUAACAAUUUCUGGAUUUGCUUCAUCAGUUUUACGUUAUUUUUCUGUGAAAGUUAAUGGAACGUCUUCAACAUUUUCAGUUGCUGCAUUUCCCCUCACAUUUGACCUACAAACGUAAGCUUUAAAGGCGCAAAAUGUUGCUGACUACAGUACGUAAAAUCUCUGCAUCAUUGUAGAUUUGUCGUGCUUUUAAUUAUUUAUAGUGACUGAAUCAAUAAUUUCACCCAUUUUAUAUUUUCAGGCAUAAAAUUUAACAUAUAAUAGAUUCAUGUCCAUUUAAUGGCUGGAAUGUUUGUUAUAAACAAGGCUCUAAAAAGGAGAUUUGCUUAGGUUGUUAUAAACAGUACAUAACAUUUAACCAAACUAUAAUUACUUCUUGAUUUGUGCAGUCAUAACCCUGAAUCAUUGAUCAUAGGAUUUUUGUAUGUACCAUGUGCUUAGUGACACUGCAUGUACAUUGUAUCAUUCAGUGUCUAUUUGGUUCAGUGUGGGAAGGAUUGGUUGUUUAUACACUAUAAAGCUCUCAGCAGUGUUUGCCGUACUACGAAACCCAUUUCUACAAACUGCUGAAAAACAUUAUGUAAAUACUGUGUGACUCUAGUGCCUGUGCAAUUAUAGAAAUACUUGAAUACUCGGUUAUAGACAUAACAGAGUAAUUAGCAGAAUAAAUGUUUAUUAUACCACGGCGACAUCAUGCAAGUUGUUUAGGCAUUGUUUUAUUGUUUUCUUUGUACAGUAUGUAUAGUUAGUUAUUUUUUGGACGAAUGCAGUGUUCUUUUUAUUGCUGACAUGUAGUUAAGUCUCUCAGUGGGACUGUUUGUUUCAUUUUUCCCCUUGGUUAUGGUGCAAUAAACUGAGAGAUUAAGCAAA